CCCGCCCCCGCCUUCCGGUCUUCGCUGCUCGAUGACUCUCAACCACUGAGCCCAGUGAGCUUUGGCUCUCUGUCAACCCAUCCAAUCCACCACACCAUUUUUCUCGGACCAGGUGCCGUCACACGUCGUCGCCAUGGCGCAUCUCACUCUCGCGGGAGACUCGUGCUUCACGGCCGCCGAGGCCCAGAAGCUCAUGGACCUGAUCAACAAGGUGGCGCCCAUCAAGGUCUCGAACUUGCGAGGUUCCUGGGUCUACUACGCCCACGUUGAGGGCGAUUCUGGCUCCGCCCAACAAAAGCUCGCCCAAUUGCUUCCCUUGGAGUCUGGUACGGGGGGACCUGCCCCUCACUUAACGCACAUUGGUCACGGGCGGAAGUGGUAUGUGACUCCACGGUACCUAUCGCCAUGGAGUUCCAAGGCCACCAGUAUCGCCCAGGUUUGCGGUUUCGAACAACAGAUCUCCCAGAUCGAACGUGGCCGCAUCAUCACCAUUGAAUUUGAGCAGCCCUACAACGACAAGACCGUCCCUUUCCGCGAUAUCCUGCACGACCGCAUGACCGAAACCCUUACAACCGAUGCGCCUGACCUCAAUGCCAUGUUCGCCGAGAGCCAGUCCGCUCCACUUGAGGUUGUCAACAUCUUUGCGGAUGGCCGGGAUCCGGCACAGGUGUUAAACGAAUACAACAAGGCGCGCGGCCUUGCUCUGGACCAGUCCGAGGUGGAAUAUCUGGUGGAAAAGUUCACCGAAUUGGGACGUCCGCCCCAUGAUAUUGAGCUAUUCAUGUUCGCCCAAGUGAACUCGGAACACUGCCGCCACAAGCAGUUCAAUGCAAACUGGAACAUUGACGGGUUCUCCAAGGGGAAGACGUUGUUUGAGAUGAUCAGGAACACGCACAAGGUCACGCCUGACUACACCGUGUCAGCCUACAGCGAUAAUGCAGCGGUUAUGGAGGGCGUACAUACCCACCUUUGGGCCCCCGAAUAUUCGACCGGCUCCUGGAAGCUGAACAAGGAGCUCCUGCAUGUCUUGGCCAAGGUCGAAACGCACAACCACCCCACUGCCAUUGCCCCUUUCCCUGGCGCGGCUACCGGAUCCGGAGGAGAAAUCCGUGACGAAGGAGCUGUCGGACGGGGUUCAACGCCGAAGGCCGGGCUCUGCGGCUUCUGGGUCUCAGACCUGCUCAUCCCGGACCACCGGGCUCCCUGGGAAAUGGAUGUUGGCCGCCCAGCGCACUUCGCCAGCAGUCUUGACAUCAUGCUCGAGGCCCCCAUCGGCAGCGCCCGUUUCAACAAUGAGUUUGGCCGCCCGUGCCUCGCGGGCACCUUCCGCACGCUCCUCACGGCGGAUGACACGAAGGUGGAAGGAGAGUUCCGUGGCUAUCACAAGCCGAUCAUGAUUGCGGGCGGUGUUGGUACCGUCAGGGAGAAGCACGCGCUUAAGAACCCCGAGGAUGUUACCGAGGGCGCGCAUGUGAUUGUUCUAGGCGGGCCUGCUAUGCUGAUCGGUCUCGGUGGCGGUGCCGCGUCGAGCAACGCCUCGGGAGAGGGCAACGCGGACCUGGACUUUGACAGUGUCCAGCGCGGCAACCCAGAGAUGGAGCGCCGUGCGCAGAUGGUGAUCAACACUUGCGUGGCCUUGGGCGAGCAUACCCCCAUCGCCAUGAUCCACGACGUUGGCGCUGGUGGGCUUUCAAACGCACUUCCGGAACUUGUCAGGGAUGCCGGUUUUGGUGGUAGAUUUGAACUUCGCCAGGUUGAGAGUGUGGACAAGAGCAUGAGCCCGCUCCAAAUCUGGUGCAAUGAGGCCCAGGAGCGUUAUGUUGUUCUCGUCAACAGCGACGGGAUGGAGCGGUUCACUAGCAUCUGCCGACGUGAACGCUGCAACUUUUCGGAUGUCGGAACUGUCCUCUCCCGGGAGACGGAUGGUGUCUCCAGGUUGAUUCUUAGCGACAAGGAAUCAAACGAGUACCCGCGCCCCAUUGAUGUCCCAAUGGAUGUCCUCUUCCCUAAGGGCCGCAAGCUAGAGCGCAUUGUCAACUCUAAGAAGCCCGCAUGGCCCGUUUUCGACCCUGUCGCUAGCUUGAAAUCAGCCGUCGACGGUUCGCUGAAUGAUGUGGACCUGUUCAAGCAGGCCGUUCAGCGUGUCUUCUGGAUGCCGUCGGUCGGAUCCAAAUCUUUCCUGAUCACCAUCGGCGACCGGUCAGUCGGUGGCCUUACCGCCCGCGACCAAAUGGUCGGGCCGUGGCAAACGCCAGUUGCCGAUGUCGCUGUGACGACGACAGCCUUCAGCCUCAACGGGGUGAGAACCGGUGAGGCGAUGGCCAUGGGUGAAAAACCUACUCUCGCGCUCAUCUCUCCUGCUGCCUCCGCCAGGAUGGCCGUGGCCGAGAGUUUGCUCAACCUUGGAGCAGCAGAUAUCAAGGGCGGCAGCCACCGUGGAGACCUCCGGCGGGUGAAGCUCUCGGCCAACUGGAUGGCAGCUGUGAACCAUCCGGGCGAGGGUGCUGCGCUUUAUGAAGCUGUGGAGGCGAUCGGAAUGGAUCUUUGCCCGCAGCUCGGCGUGAGCAUCCCCGUAGGCAAGGACUCGACGUCUAUGAAGUCGUCCUGGAAGGACGGAGACACCAAGAAGAGCGUGACAGCCCCUGUGUCGGUUGUCAUCUCGGCGUUUACCCUGGUCGAGGACGUCCGGCGAACUUGGACUCCCCAGCUUCGCCGGGUGGAGGACGUAGGUGAGACUGUUCUGCUCUACGUCGACCUGGCGCAGGGCCGCAAGGCCAUGGGUGGUUCCGCGCUUGCUCAGUCUCUGGGUGCCAUCGGCCACGAGGCCCCCGAUGUUCGGGACGUGGACCUCCUGAAAGACUACUUCGAUGCGCUGGCUCAGUUGCACGAGAGUGGCGUUGUCCUUGCUUACCAUGACAGGUCCGACGGUGGUCUUAUCACCACCAUCGCUGAGAUGAUGUUCGCCGGCCGGUGCGGCGUUGACCUCAUGAUGGAUGGCAUCGCUGCCUCGGGCAAUCUGUCGGACAUGGUCGACGCUUUGUUCAACGAGGAGCUGGGUGCCGUCUUCCAAGUACGCGCCUCGGACGAGGUGAACUUCAAGAGGUGCUUUGCUACCUGUGGCCCUCCUGCUGGCUUGAUCCGCAAGUUUGGCGUCGUCCAGGCGACAUCCAAGCAGGCACUUACCAUCCGGUACGGCGAAGGAGCGCCGUUUGUCAGCCUCGACAGAGCAGAGAUGCAGCAGUGGUGGACCAAGACAUCAUACGAGAUGCAGAAGCUGCGCGACACUCCGGCGUGCGCCGAGUCCGAGUACGCCACCAUUCUCGACUCGGAAGACCCCGGUCUCUCCUUCAACCUCACCUUCUCGCCCACUGAGAACAUCACCCCCCUAACGGCGUCCAUCACGGGAUUCUUCGGCAAAAUGCCCCGCGUAGCCAUCCUCCGCGAGCAGGGUGUCAACGGUUACGCCGAGAUGGCCUUUGCCUUCCGCGCGGCAGGCUUCGACGCCGUCGACAUCCACAUGACGGACAUCAUCUCGGGCCGCUCGCUGGCCGACUUUGUCGGUCUCGCCGCCUGCGGAGGCUUCUCCUUCGGCGACGUGCUCGGAGCCGGUCAGGGCUGGGCUAAGUCGAUCCUGCUGCACGAGAAGGCACGGAGCGAGCUGGCCGACUUCUUCAACCGCAAGGACACCUUCGCGCUGGGUGUCUGCAACGGCUGCCAGAUGUUGUCCCGCCUGAAGGAGCUCAUCCCCGGCGCCGAGCACUUCCCCACGUUUGUGAACAACGCCUCGUCGCAGUUUGAGGGCCGCUUCAGCAUGGUCAAGGUCGAGGACAACCCGGCCCAGCCGUCGGUCUUCUUCAACGGCAUGGACGGCUCCAGCCUGCCGAUCGUCGUCUCCCACGGCGAGGGCAGAGCCGAGUUCGCGUCGGACGAAUCGUUCCGCGCGCUGGCCGAGGCCGGCGGCAUCCCGCUGCGCUAUGUCGAUAACAGGCUGAACGUCACGGAGCAGUACCCGUACAACCCCAACGGCAGCCCGGGUGGUGUGGCCGCCGUCUCGAGCAGGGACGGCCGCGUGCUGGCUAUGAUGCCGCAUCCGGAGCGCACUAUCCCGGCAGACGUGGCCAGCUACGUGCCGGCGGAGGAGGUCAGUGAAUGGGGCGAGUAUGGGCCGUGGCUCAGGAUGUUCAGGAGCGCACGGAAGUGGGUGGGUUAGAUUGGAAGGGGUGGUGAUGGUGCUUGAGGCGUCAAAAAAGAUAUCUGUUUUUUUAUUCCUUUUUAAAGGGUAGGUAGGUAGGGAGUGGGUUCGGCGGUGUGGUCUCUUGUUUUUGGCAAUUUUGUUUGUACAUGGCAUGUCGUUAGAUCGUAAAUAUCACAGAAAAUG